GGCUGGGCACCACCAGCUCCUCCACCAUGGGGCUGCCCUGGGGACUUGGUGUCCUACUCCUGCUGCAAGUGUGCGGCACCAACCGCAUUCCAGAGUCCGGAGGAGACAACAGCGUGUUUGAUAUCUUUGAACUCAUCGGAGCCGCCCGCAAGGGCUCCGGGCGCAGGCUGGUGAAGGGCCUGGACGCCUCCAGCCCAGCUUUCCGCAUCGAGGAUGCCAACCUGAUCCCCCCUAUGCCCGAGGACAAGUUCCAAGACCUAGUGGACGCCGUGCGGAUGGAGAGAGGCUUCCUCCUCCUCGCUUCGCUGCGCCAGAUGAAGAAGACUCGAGGCACCCUGCUGGCCCUGGAGCGCAAAGACCACUCUGGCCACAUCCUCAGCGUCGUCUCCAAUGGCAAGGCUGGCACCCUGGACCUGAGAGUGAACGUGCAAGGGAAGCAGUCUUUGGUGUCCGUGGAAGAUGCCCUCCUGGCGACCGGCCAGUGGAAGACCAUCACCUUGUUCGUGCAGGAGGACAGGGCCCAGCUCUACAUCGACUGUGAGAAGAUGAAAAACGCCGAGCUAGAGGUGCCCGUCCAAAGCAUCUUCACCAGGGACCUGGCCAACAUGGCCAGACUCCGCAUCGCCAAGGGAGACGUCAACGACAAUUUCCAGGGGGUGCUGCAGAACGUGAGGUUUGUCUUUGGAACCACUCCAGAAGACGUUCUUAGGAACAAAGGCUGCUCCCGCUCAGCUACCAACGUCUUUCUCACUCUGGACAACAACGUGGUGAACAGCUCCAGCCCUGCCAUCCGCACCAACUACAUUGGCCACAAAACAAAAGAUCUGCAGGCCAUCUGUGGCGUCUCCUGUGAGGAGCUGUCCAGCAUGGUCCUGGAACUCAAGGGCCUGCGCACCAUUGUGACCACCCUUCAGGACAGCAUCAGCAAAAUGGAGGUGAGGAAUCCGCCCUUCUGCCUCUACAAUGGAGUGCAGUAUGGGAAUAACCAAGACUGGACUGUGGACAGCUGCACCGAGUGCCACUGCCAGAACUCUGUUACCAUCUGCAAAAAAGUGUCAUGCCCCAUGCUGCCCUGCUCCAAUGCUACAGUGCCUGAGGGAGAGUGCUGCCCACGGUGUUGGCCCAGCGACUCUGCCGAUGAUGACUGGUCUCCAUGGUCUGAGUGGACGUCCUGCUCAGUGACCUGUGGCCAAGGAAUUCAGCAGCGUGGCCGCUCCUGCGACAGCCUCAACAACCGGUGUGAGGGCUCCUCCGUCCAGACACGCACCUGCCACCUUCAGGAGUGCGAUAAGAGAUUUAAACAGGAUGGCGGCUGGAGCCACUGGUCCCCGUGGUCCUCUUGCUCUGUGACCUGUGGUGAUGGGGUGAUCACGAGGAUCCGGCUCUGCAACUCUCCCAGCCCCCAGCUCAACGGAAAGCCAUGUGAAGGCGGAGCUCGGGAGACCAAGGCCUGCCAGAAAGACCCCUGCCCGAUCAACGGGGGCUGGGGUCCCUGGUCACCAUGGGACAUCUGUUCUGUCACCUGUGGCGGAGGGGUGCAGAAACGGAGCCGGCUCUGCAACAACCCCCCACCCCAGUUUGGAGGCAAGGACUGCAUUGGCGACGUGACCCAAAACGAGAUCUGCAACAAACAGGACUGCCCAAUCGAUGGAUGUCUGUCCAAUCCCUGCUUCGCUGGUGCCAAGUGUACGAGCUACCCCGACGGCAGCUGGAAAUGCGGCGCGUGCCCCGCGGGUUACAGCGGCAACGGCAUCCAGUGCAAAGAUGUUGAUGAGUGCAAGGAAGUGCCCGAUGCCUGCUUCAACCACAACGGCGAGCACAGGUGUAAGAACACAGACCCCGGUUACAACUGCCUGCCCUGCCCACCUCGCUUCACCGGCACGCAGCCCUUUGGCCGGGGCAUCGAGCACGCCACGGCCAACAAGCAGGUCUGCAAGCCCCGCAACCCCUGCACCGACGGGACACACGACUGUAACAAGAAUGCCAAGUGCAACUACCUGGGCCACUACAGCGACCCCAUGUUCCGCUGCGAGUGCAGGCCCGGCUACGCGGGCAACGGCAUCAUCUGCGGGGAGGACACAGACCUGGACGGCUGGCCCAAUGAGGACCUGGUGUGCGUGGCCAAUGCCACCUACCACUGCAAAAAGGACAACUGCCCCAACCUCCCCAACUCCGGGCAGGAAGAUUAUGACAAAGACGGAGCCGGGGAUGCCUGUGACAGCGAUGAUGACAACGAUAAAAUCCCAGACGAUCGGGACAACUGUCCGUUCCACUACAACCCGGCCCAGUAUGACUACGACAGAGACGACGUGGGAGACCGCUGUGACAACUGCCCCUACAACCACAACCCAGACCAGACUGACACAGACAACAACGGGGAAGGAGACGCCUGCGCAGCAGACAUCGACGGGGACGGCAUCCUCAACGAAAGAGACAACUGCCAGUACGUCUACAACGUUGACCAGCGGGACACUGAUAUGGAUGGGGUCGGCGAUCACUGUGACAACUGCCCCCUGGAACACAAUCCAGAUCAGCUGGACUCCGACUCGGACCUCAUUGGGGACACCUGCGACAACAACCAGGACAUCGAUGAAGACGGCCACCAGAACAACCUGGACAACUGCCCAUACGUGCCCAACGCCAACCAGGCCGACCACGAUAAAGACGGCAAAGGAGACGCCUGCGAUCCCGACGACGACAAUGACGGCAUCCCGGAUGACAGGGACAACUGCAGGCUGGUGCCCAAUCCUGACCAGAAGGACUCUGAUGGUGAUGGUCGGGGUGAUGCUUGCAAAGACGAUUUUGACCAGGACAAUGUGCCAGAUAUCGAUGACAUCUGUCCUGAGAAUGUGGACAUCAGCGAGACCGAUUUCCGCCGAUUCCAGAUGAUUCCUCUCGACCCCAAAGGAACAUCCCAAAAUGAUCCUAACUGGGUUGUGCGCCACCAGGGUAAAGAGCUCGUCCAGACUGUCAACUGUGACCCUGGGCUUGCUAUCGGUUAUGAUGAGUUUAACGCUGUGGACUUCAGCGGCACAUUCUUCAUCAACACCGAGAGGGACGAUGACUACGCUGGGUUUGUGUUCGGCUACCAGUCCAGCAGCCGCUUCUAUGUUGUGAUGUGGAAGCAGAUCACCCAGUCCUACUGGGACAGCAAGCCCACGAGGGCUCAGGGCUACUCAGGCAUCUCUGUGAAAGUCGUGAACUCCACCACGGGGCCCGGCGAGCACCUGCGGAAUGCCCUGUGGCACACGGGCAACACUGCUGGCCAGGUCCGAACCUUGUGGCAUGACCCCCGUAACAUCGGCUGGAAAGAUUUCACCGCCUAUAGAUGGCGUCUCAGCCACAGGCCAAAGACCGGCUUCAUCAGAGUGGUGAUGUACGAAGGGAAGAAAAUCCUGGCCGACACGGGACCGAUCUACGACAAAACCUACGCCGGUGGGAGGCUGGGGCUGUUCGUCUUCUCUCAGGAAAUGGUCUUCUUCUCCGAUCUGAAAUACGAGUGCAGAGAUUCUUAAUCGUCAAACUGUUGGCCAAAAGACUGGUUAAAACCAAUGCUGGUAUUGCACCUUCUGGAACCAUGGGCUCGAGAAAACCCCAAGAUCUCUCCUCCCUCCUUCCUUUUUCCUCCGCUUGCAUCAGUGUGGACUCCUAGGCCCCGCGGCCUGCCUCAAGGACAUGCCGUUUUCAAAAACAGACUCAGCGUUCCGCCGCCAACGAAUGAAGAGGGCAUCUUACAAUGAGCGUCAACAUUUGUUCCGGCUUGCUUUGGGGACAGGCACAGCAUCCCUUUGCUUUCAUUGAAAAGGCACCUGCUCCACUCUGCUGCUGUGUCACAGAGCGGGGUCACUCUUGCGAAGGCCGCCUCCGAGCAGUGGGCUGGGCAACACCUCCAGGCGCGUUGAGAGAAGGGAGAACUCGUUGGCAUCGGCGAAUGCCACCAGCCCCUGACCCACCCCCUCAGGAAUGGGGGAGGCAAGGGCCAGAGCACUUAGGGGAAGGUGUAUACCCACGAGAUGAUGGCGUGAAGGCAAUAUGGAGGAACAGUUACAUGUUCGGUACUAAUCAUUUUCAGGGGAUCGAGAAAACAAUUGUUGGACUUCAUGAUGCUGACAGGUGUUAGCUGAUUAACCCACAAAGCGAGGCACUUAGGGAGAAGCAGAGAAGGGAGGGAAAGACUGGCUUCUGGACUUCAUCCUGGCCCCCGUUCCUUACAAAUCCCCUGCAGUGGCCAGAACAGGGGUCCAAAUGAAAUCGGUGUAAGGCAGUGUGGCUGCCACGACCUGGUUCCAUGGAUGUAGCAGGAAAAUGGGAAACCUACCAUCUCAGUGAGCACCAGGCUGCCUCCUGAGGGGCACGCCGCUGGGCUGACAUUUUUAUGGUUAGAAUGGCACAAAAAUUACUACCAACCUAGCAAAAACAUUCCUUUUCUCUCUCUUUAAGUUGUUCUCUUGAAUACCAUGGAGUUUUCAAAUUCUCUCUGGUGGAUUGUAGCUUUUUGUUUUGUGUAAACGAACGCUUGAUUUGCAAUGUAAAAUAUUUAUUUUUUACCUCUUCUGUGGGAUCUCACGGAAGGGCUGUUGGUGAAACAGGAAGAAAUGUACGGACUGUGCAUACAUCUUCAUUCCAAGUCUUCGUGACUGUAAGACUGUAAAUACAGAUUCUUUAUCAACUCUGUUCUACCUGGAAUCGAGGUUUCGGAUGGAGAGCGUUUGAGGUCAGAUUGUGGAGCUGUAGCAACAAAGCUCCCCUGGGAAUCGCACCAGGAAACGCAGCCAGUGAGCUGCCCUGUGCAUGGUGCUCAGAGUGCAGGAUUUGGGAUUCCUUCCUCCACCCCCAACCCCGCCCCACCCGUUUGCUUCUUCUGUCUAAUCAAGUGGAAUUAGCUGGUUCUUCAUUUACAAGUACUUCUUAGAUGGCAAAGAAGGCCAUGAGGCCCUCACAUAACUAACUGUUUUGCUCCUCAUCCCCCGUGCGCCCACUUCCAGGGACCAGAAAAGCUUACACCCCUUUUCAGUCUUUUUUUUUCUUUCAUUUUUCCAAAAUAGAGGGGAAACAAUGACAAAGGUGAAACUUCUAUACAAAUAUUACCUCAUGUGUUGUGUGACUGAGAAAAGAAUUUGGGCUCAAGCAGAGAGUUUAAGUGUCUAGCGAACUUAAAGCUACUGUAGCUCCUGACAGAAUAAGAAACCGUCAAAUGUUGUAUAUAGUAUAAAGUAGUCUUUUGCAGAAGAGCAUUCCCAUUAAGGAAAUAGCAUUGAAAUGUCAAAUACACUUUCUGAAAGUUACGUGUGUGUUUUUUUUCUAUCAUCUUGUAUACCAUGGCUUUAUUUUUAUAAAUUAUUUUCUCAUCGCCAUUGGAAUAGAUCUCUCAAGUUUGUGUAGAUAUGCUAUUUAAAUAAUUUAUCAGGAAAUACUGCCUGUAGAGUUAGUAUUUCUAUUUUUAUAAAAUGUUUGCACACUGAAUUGAAGAAUUGUUGGUUUUUCUCUUUUUCGUUUUCAUUUGUUUGUUUGUUUCACGUUAACCCCUCCCCCCCGCCGCCCCCACCUCCACCCCGUGCCAGUUUUUGACUAUUUGCCAAUACCUUUUUCUAGGAAUGUGCUUUAUUUGUACACAUUUUUAUCCAUUUUACAUUCUAAAGCAGUGUACAUGUAUAUUACUAUUUCUUAUGUACAAGAAACAACAAUAAACCAUAUGGAAAUUUAUAUUUAUA